UGGCCAUCUGGCCUCCAUCACAAGCAAUCACAACCACGCUGAGCUGAUAAAAAUGAUACUGAAGGAAAAUGGAAAGUAUACGCGCACAUGGAUUGGAGGGCUUCGAUUUCUAGACACUGGUCGCUUCAUCUGGUUGGAUGGGUCCAAAUGGGACUACGCUGAUUGGCUGUCAGGGGAGCCCAAUAACACAGCAAAUAAGGAGAACUGCCUGGAAGUUCUGCCUUAUUACGGAAACGGGAAGUUUAACGACUUUACAUGCUGGGAACCCCAGGCUUUCAUCUGCUCCUAUUACAAUUAGUUAAUGUACAGUGAGGUGUUUUUCUUAUCCUUGUCAGAUGUUGGGUGCUGAGUUUGAACUUUUUUCCCCUUUACUUGCAGUUUAUCUUAAAUUUGAAAGUAAAUGAUUAGAAACCAUGAACUGUCAGCAUCUGUUAGUCACGGGACUCUUCAUUUACCUGCAUUAACCUCAGUUAGGACGGCUCUGGUUAUUUCACAUUUGAAAGUAAUUUUUUUGUAAAUGAGUCCCAUCCAUC